GUUCCCAUGAAUUUUCCUGUUUCCUUUGAUGCGAAAGAGCGAGUAUCUGUUUACAUUAAUUAUUAUAUUCUUCGUCGAAUCUCGGCAACUUUAUAUAUAGUUAUUGUUCGAUCCAAGUUCAAUCACAGCUUGAAAAUAUUUUCUAUAAUUCUGUAAAGCAUUCUUGUAAGUGGGUUUUCGUUUUCAAUCCAAAAAAAAGCACCAAAAAUGACUUGGAUUUCAAUUUUCACGGGAAAAUCUGGAUUUGCUGCUUCUUCAACAGCUGAAGAUGUUACUAAAGGAAUCGAUGGAACUGGUCUCACCGCCAUUGUUACUGGAGCUACAAGUGGUAUUGGCUUAGAAACCGCGCGUGUGCUUGCUUUACGUGGGGUACAUGUCAUUAUGCCAGUAAGAAAUGUCGAAGCUGGUCAAAAGGUGAAAGAAAGCAUCUCCCAGAAAAUCCCUAAUGCUAAACUUGAGGUGAUGGAGUUAGAUAUCAGCUCACUGGAAUCCGUUCGAACUUUUGCAUCACAAUACUGUUCAAAGGGACAUCCAUUGAACCUCUUGAUUCUUAAUGCAGGGAUCAUGACUCCUCCCUUUUCUCUUAGCAAAGACAACAUAGAAUUGCAAUUUGCAACCAACCAUGUCGGUAAUUUCCUUUUGACAAACUUAUUGUUGGAUACCAUGAAAAAGACCGCAAGAGAAAGUGGGAUAGAAGGAAGGAUCGUUAUUCUUUCUUCAGAGGUUCAUAGAGUGACAUACAAAGAAGGCAUUAGAUUCGACAAAAUCAAUGAUGAGAAGAGCUAUAGCCCAUUUUACGCUUAUGGGCAAUCAAAGCUGGCUAAUGCAUUGCACGCCAACGAGCUCUCAAGGCGGUUGCAGGCUGAGGGGGCGAAUAUAACCGCCAAUUCGCUGCACCCUGGAGUUAUUAACACGAAUCUUGCACGUAACGGUGGCUUUUUCUCUGUGUUCCUAAAUGUGGCCAACAGUUUCUUGAAGAACAUCCCACAGGGAGCUGCAACAACAUGCUAUGUAGCAUUGCACCCACAAUUGAAGGGGGUAAGUGGGCAGUAUUUUGCUGAUAGCAACUUGAAUAAAGCAAGCAAGUAUGCUCUAGAUGCAGACCUGGCCAAGAAGCUUUGGGAUUUUAGUUCCAAGUUGACCAAGUCAAACUAAUAUGGUGGUGAAAGUGUUCUUUGUAAUUUAUGUACCAAAAUAAUAAUUAUACAUUUUUGUAGUAGUAACCAUGUUGUUCUAAUGGAUGUUUUAUGUAAUCAGUUUUAUAUUGAUAAAUGCACCUCAUCUUUAUCUCA